CCCGCCCGCAGAGCGGCGCUGUCUGCGAGUUCCGCCUCAGACCUGCAGCGGCUCUGAAUGAAUGAAGAAAUCCUUAGACUGGCUCUGAUUCGCGGCGGUCUCCAUACUCAGGUCAGCGUGUGUCAGCAGCAGGAAGCAAGGAUGCUCCAAACGAAGCAGAAACAACCCCAGCACUUUAAUAUGUAUCCGCAAAUGCAGCAGUUUCCCAGAGUGCCAUCAGCACCCAUACUGUCUCGAAUGCCACCCACACGUUCACCGAUGCCUCCUCUUUUAUCUUUGCCUAAUCAGCACCCCCGAUUCCAUCCUGAUCAUCAUCUGAGCUCAGGGCCACGAAUGCCAAAUAGACACACAUUAAGGCCUCCAUCUCCGGCUGCAUUCGGAAUUGGACCGUGUUCAGGCAAUCCCCGGAGUCUUCUAGGCCCUAAACCAAUGCUGCAGCAGCCAGUGAUCAUGCCUCAAAUGCCAGGAAUGCCACAGGGUCACAGGAAACAAGUUCCACCUCAGUUUUUACCAGCAGGAGUCAGUCCAUCACUUCUGGGUCCAGCUCCUAUCAGCGCUCCUAUUGGUGCCCCAUUGAGGAACGCAAACUUGCCCUUUUUUCCACGUCAGCAUCAUCCACAUGUAGCGUUUAAUAAUAAGGUCUCUGCAUACACUCCUCCUCAGAGGAAGAGGGAGAAUGGUUAUGUACCAGCAGGGAGAAGUAAUGUACAGAUCAACAGGAGCAAAACUAAUAUUCAGGCUGUAAAAGUGGAAAAGAAAUCAGAACAAGCAGCUAAAGAAAGCCUGGUCUCAUCUCUGGACCAGACUGAGCCUCCCGUGAAAAAGCAGAAGAAUCAGGGAGCUGCUGAAGUUGGAGAGGCAGAGAGUUCAGCAGAUGCAGAUUCAUCCAUGAUUCCAGAGCAAGAAGAUGAGGAAAUCCGUUCAGUAAAAGCUGAGGAGGACGUGGAGCAGGGCAGGACUGCCGAGGUGCAAGUCGUAGGGUCGUCUCUGAAAGUGACCAUUCAGCGCAGCAGUGACAGCCGGGCCUUCAGCACUGGACUGGAGGAGAUAGCUGCCGCUGUAGGCCAAAGUGUGGAUGAUGACAAGAGCAAGACUGCAGGCAAAUUCUUCUGCUACAUCUGCAAUAUCACCUGCGGUGACCAGCAGCACUUUCAGACUCAUAUGAUCAGCCUGGGUCACCAGCAGAAGAUGAUGGAGAUACAGCAUCUCAGUAACACUUGUCUGGCCACACUGAUACCCCAGAUGCAGCAGUCUAUUCAGGGCACAAACAGAGACAAAAGCCAAGACCAGCAGCGCUGGUGUGAAAUCUGCCAAAAUCACUUUACUGGUGACGUCAUCGAGCACAGAAGAACAAAACAACACAAGAUGGCGAAAGUUUCCUCACGGCCGUUUUGCACAGUGUGUGAACGCCACUUCCGGACUCCCAGAAAAUUUGUGGAGCACAUGAAAUCACCAGAGCACAAACAAAAGGUUGAAGAGCUAAAAGAAGAAAGAGGACCUGAAGUCAUGGAAGAACUCAUAACAGUGGAUGCCAUUGGCUGCUUUGAAGGUGAAGAUGACUAUGAGGAGGACGAUAAUGAAGAUGAGGAGGAAGAUGCAGUAUCUCAACAGGUUCCAGAAGAAAUGAAUGAUUCUAAAGAGUAUGAUGCAGAGACACAAUAUGGCACCAGGUUCGUAGUGCCAGUGGCGGGUUUCCUUUGUAAGCUCUGCCACAAGUUCUACCACUUUGAAUCUAGUGCUCGGGAGACGCACUGCAAGUCACUUGUGCACUAUGAGAACUUACAGAAGUACAAAGCCAUGCUGAACCAGCCUCAGGAGGAAGAGGAGAGCAUGGCCACCUCUCCAUGGCCGAAUCCAAAGAACGUCAAUGACGGCGAUGCAGACAUGGAAGACAAGUCCUAAAGCCAGUCAGAUCUUAGUAGGUGCCCAUGUGCUGACCAUUAACAAAGGACACUUGUAAAAUAUACCCCCACAAACCAUGUUUCCCAAGUCUUUGAAGGUGCACCAAACCCCUUCUGUAGAUAUGAAGCAACAGAGUUGACAUUUCGGCUGUACAGCAGUAUUGCAAUUUUAGGUCAAAGACUGUGAAUACUGGAAUUUAAUUUUUAAUUGUUUAAAUUUAUUAAACUGUAAUAUACCAUUUUUGUAAUGAAUAGCUUUUUUAUUAUACUGUAUAUGAGCAGCUAUGAGAGAGAGAGAGAAUGUGAAAAGCUGUAGUGGCUGUAGAGUGAUGGGUAUAGAAGGAUGAAUUUGGCUACUGUGUGGUCAGACACUGCAGUCUGUAAGUAAUUGGACAGUGACAUUUUUGUUGUUUUGUCUUGAGCACAUUGGAUAUUGUCAUGUCAUAUAAAGAUAAUUUUGAUAAUAUGUACAAUGGAUGGACAGAUUUAAUACACAAACUACACUUCCAUGCCAAAUGUCAUAGGAAAGGAGUAAUAAUCUUGUCCCAUGACUUUUGCCAGGUCAUAUGGAGGCUAAGAAAUGCUGCAUUGACCUGUGAGAUGUGUGUGGAUUCUUCAUUGUAUAUGGAUGUGAUUACUGCCAGAGUUGCUUGUCUGUUUACGGAGGCAAUUCUAACCAGACACCGCUGGUCACAAUCAUUACCUCCCACUGCACUGUGCUGUCCACGCUGGGGGUAAUGCCUCCUAUAAUGUUAAAUUUCUGACUGCUUAGCUCUAUAAAGAAUGUCCCAUCAGUCUGGUUCCAGAGUCUUAGGGAGGUUAGAGUGCUUAUGUCUCAAUAAAAAUAUUGAUGUUUGAUGCCACAUAUGAUUCAAUCCAGACAAUGCAAUGUAUUGUGAUAUCAAUAUAUAUUUCCCCACCACCCCUACCAUUAGGCCUCGGCCAAUCUCCGAUAAUUUGAUAAUUCACAUCCCCUUGCCAUGGGCAUGCAGCCAGUGUUCAGCCUCACUCCCACUCAUUCCUUGGGGUAACUCUUUAUGAUCAACGUACAUAAUGCUAUCCUAUGACUUUUGGCAUGCCAGUGUAUUAUUAGUAUUGUCAUAGCAUUAAAAGUAAAAAUUGGAACCUUCAGAAUUUCACACCGACACCCUUUACAGGGGCUAUUCCUACUUUGUGCCCAAUGAUUCUGGGUGACCUGGUGACCAAGAAGAAGCAAAAAGAAAGAUGAAUUAUUUAUUUAUUCUUUUUCUUUUUUUUUUGUAUUAGUUUUGCCCCCCUUUUUGUUUUUAGUGUGUACUCAGACUGGCAUGUAUAUCAUAAGUUACAUCUACAUCUGUACCUCAGAGUCAUCUGAGUAUGAAUUUCAAGCAGCAUGCUGAAUAUUUGAUUGUAAAAUUUAAAAUUGUAAAACAAGAUUUCAUGUUAAAUCUCAGACUUUUGAACACCACUAUAUGUCUGAACAAGGUGAGCCAUAGAAAAUCAAAAGCCUGUAUCAAAUUUUCUUUGUCAUAAACACUUUAAAAACUGUGAGUUUGUAUCAAAUGAAUGUCUGAAGCCUGCAAGCCUCAAACAUUAUGAGAUGGUGGUUGUAUUAUCUGGUUGUGCACUGCCACGUCUGUCAUGCAGUUGUUUAUACAGUAGUUCCUUUUUUAUUUCAGGGCUUUUGGCCUAAAUUAAAUGCAUUGUUAAUGAACAUUUCAAGGCAUUAGUUUAACAAAAGCAUCUUAGCAUUAAGAAUAUCUUAACAUGGGAAGAGCCAGUGCUUAGUGUGAAGCUUGAGUUGACCAUAUACGGACAUUCCUUUUUUUGCCAUGGAAACAUUAAGUAGUAGCUCUGUUGUAGUGUGAUGAGGGUCACUGUCCAGCUGCACCCUGAAGUAACGGAGUACGUCGGAGCAUUUGAGGUUGGUUUUGGAUCAUUAAGAAAUAAAGCAUUCUCUUUUUUCCUAGUA